AUGGUCGAAAUUGAAAAGCAAAUUGAUAACAUUAAUUACAACGUGCAGAUAUUUCAAAUGAAUAAAUGCUCCGCCUGUGACACUUCUCUACAACUUCCUGCUAUACAUUUUCUUUGCAAACAUUCGUAUCACGCCCACUGCCUCGAGUCGUAUAGCGAAAAGGCUGAUAGUUGCCCAGCAUGUACAAGAGAUAACCUUCAAAGAACAUGUUACGACCAGCUAAAAGAUUUUUCUAGUCGUGGUGCUUACGCUCAGUUCUUGAGUGAGGUGAAUGAAGCGCCAGACUGCAUGCCGCUGAUUUCAUCUUAUAUUGCUUGCGGUCUUUUCGAUUCGCAGAAGAAAAUGAAAGGAACUGAGAGUGAGCAUGAAAGGAAAAGCAUACAUGCGGACACCAAUUUGAAAACACAUGCGACUGGGACUUCAUCUGAGGACCAGUCGCCAGCAGAGACAGCUUCAGCGAGCACACCAACUUCAAAUCCAUAUUCAUUACCGAGAUCCAGGACUACGCGCAGGCCUUUGCCUCGACAGUCGACGAAUCCUUUUGAUGUUGAAGAAGUGCCAAAGAAUCCUUUUGAGGAUGACUUGUAA